AAAGUCAAUUGGUUGGUCAUUUGUGAAGUGUGACUUAAUGUGAUCAGUUGCUUCAAGUCGUGAGCCAAGUUUUAAUUCUAAAAUUAAAUCUCAUUAUGUUUGUGCUGUUGUUGGUUUUAUUGGGAGGUCUGCAGGUGCAGGCCUGUGUGAAUCGAGUUCCAAUUGUCAAAAUGCGUGGCACUCUGGUAACAAUGCGCAAGUACCAGAGUUCGGCCAACUGCACAUCAAAUUGUGGUCCCUUGGUGGGAAGAACCAGAACGGAGACAUACACGGGAUUCCACGACAUCUGCUGCGAAGGCUAUAUACGCAAUGAUGACAAUGAGUGUGUGCCGCAGUGCAAGGAUUGCGGGCUCACGGGAAAAUGCCUUACACCGAAUGUGUGUCUGUGCGACAAGGGCUUCUCGAACCGCCGGGUUCGCAGCCACUGUGAGCCGGAGUGCAGCGAGUCCUGCGUGAACGGAAGCUGUGUGGCUCCGGACGAGUGCGAGUGCCUGGCGGGCCAUCGAUUUGUGAAUGGUUCCCGGACGGAGUGUCAGCCCAUUUGCGCGGAUGACUGCACCAAUGGGCGCUGCCUGGAGUCGGGAAAGUGCCAGUGCAAUGCCGGCUUCCAGCGGAGUGAGAGCCGCAAGAAGUGCGUUCCCGUCUGCCAAGAUGCGUGCUACCAUGGCGAAUGUGUGGCGCCCAACGAGUGCCGCUGCAAUCCCGGCCACGAACAGCGAUUGGGCCAGCCCUGGAUUUGCGAUCCGGUCUGCUCCAGCGGCUGUCCCAACGGAAAUUGUGUGGAUGCCGAGACGUGUCACUGCAAGAUCGGCUAUGUACACAAGGACCAAGCCUUGGCCUCGGGCUGUGAGCCCGUGUGCAACCCAUCCUGCUCGAAUGGCACCUGCAUCUCGCCCGGCCACUGCUCCUGCUUCGAAGGACACGUCUUCGCCGAGGGGUCUCGGCACGAGUGCGUGCCCAGCUGUCGCUCCGGCUGCGAGAAUGGAUUCUGCAGUGCCCCCGGCCGCUGUGAGUGCCACGAGGGCUUCGAGAAGUCCUCGCCGCACCGCUGCUCGCCCACCUGCCAACCGCUCUGUGGGCGCAACUCCCGCUGCACCGCCCCGGACACCUGCGCCUGCGAACUGGGCUACGUCUUUGUCAACGGCAGCACCACCGAGUGCGAGCCCUUCUGCCCCAGAAGCUGCCGCAACGGCAUCUGCAGCAGUCCCGGCGUGUGCACCUGCUUGGAAGGCUACCAGGCCCUGCUCUCGUUCUACUGUAUACCCAUCUGCACGAGGUCCUGUAUUCACGGCAGCUGUGUGGCGCCCAACGAGUGUCGCUGCUUCAACGGGUACCGACCAAGUCCCACCCAAGGAGCCAGCGUGUGCGAGCCCAUUUGCAGCCAGGACUGUGGCCAUGGUCACUGCAUUGCCCCGGAGAUCUGCCAGUGCGAUGUGGGCUACGCCAAAAGGUGGCCCCGUGGAACUUGCGAGCCGUACUGUACGCAGAAGUGCGUGAACAGCCACUGCGAGGGAUCGGGUCAGUGCCGUUGCUACGAGGGCUACAAGAUGAGAGCCGGAUCUGUUUCGAUCUGUGAUCCGGAGUGCUCGCCGGGAUGCCGGAAUGGCACCUGCGUGGAGCCCAACAGCUGUGCCUGUUUCAUUGGCUACGAGGACACCAAGGUGCCGUACGAGUGUGCACCCACCUGCCGGCCCAGGUGCGAAAAUGGACGAUGCUCUGCCCCCGGACAUUGUGACUGCAAUCCCGGUCAUUUAGUCACCAACUCCAGCGAGCCCAACUCAUGUCGUGCCCAGUGCCGGGAGCAGUGCAUCAAUGCCGAAUGCCUGGAGCCGGAGAAGUGCGUCUGUCUGCCCGGCUAUCGAUUCAUACCCAACAGCAGCACCGAAUGCGAACCGAUUUGCUCCAUGGGUUGUCGUUCUGGCCAGGAGUGCGUGGCCCCAGAAACCUGCGAGGGCGCCGACUCCCUAAUUAGUCCCACAACUGGCAGGCACUUGGUCUUUCACUGGUUCAUGUUCUUCCUGGCCAUUCUGCUCUGCCUGGCCCUGGUGAUGACUCCGCUGCUGGUGCUCAGGGAACUGCAGCGACGACGUCGUGGAGGCGACAAGCAAAGGACCCAUCUCAUCGAAAACCCCUCAUACGGAGUGGUUCAGGCCAACAGCGAGGAGGCAGCCAGCGAGCUGGGAAUCGGACUAGGGGAUUAAAAAAGUAAGAAAAUCUAUAGGACCUCUAAAAUUCCUUGAAAAUCUUUUCGAAAAGCCAUUCACGUAAACAUUAAGAACCUUCUCAAAUAUUUUAGUGUAAAAUACAUUUUUAGCCCUUGAUUCAAUAGCUUAGAUCUGUUUUUGAACUUAAUUUGUCAGAGAAAUGAUAGCUGCUAAUAUAUAUGAUAAUA